GUCCAUUCUUCAUCCCCCUCCUGCGCGCACCUUACCCGUCGCGCCUGCUCCCCUCCCCGCGGGUUACGACCUCUCCCCUCCUGUCCACGGCUGGCGUGCGCGCGCGCGCGCUCGGUAGUAGGCAAUGGCGGCUGCCAUGGCCACGAGCUCGGCGGUGACCGCCGCCGCCGCGGCGGCGGGCAUGUGCUCGUCGGGAAGCGCGACGUUGUCGAGGAAGAAGGCGCUGGCUGCGCCUUCGACUCUGCCUUCCUUCGAAGGUUUGUCGGCAUCGAACCGGCUCCCUAGCCGGCUGGCGCCGCCGAUGAGCGCGGAUGCGGAGCUGGAGAGCAUGCGACCGGAGACCGGUCGCGUGACUGUGUGCGGACUGAAGGACCUGCGCGACCGCAUCGACUCCGUCAAAAACACGCAGAAGAUCACCGACGCCAUGAAGCUGGUCGCCGCGGCCAAGGUGCGCCGCGCGCAGGAGGCGGUCGUCGGCGCGCGACCCUUCUCCGAGAACCUGGUCAAGGUUCUCUACGGCGUGAACCAGCAGAUUCAGACCGAGGACAUCGACAUCCCGCUGACGACCGUGCGACCGGUCAAGAAGAUCGCAUUGGUCGUCGUGACCGGCGACCGCGGUCUGUGUGGCGGUUUCAACAACUUCGUCCUGAAGAAGGCGGAGGAGCGGAGGGGGCAGAUCGAGCAAAUGGGUCUGGAAUGCACCGUGGUGAGCGUGGGGAAGAAAGGGAACGCCUUCUACAAACGGCGCCCCCAGAUUCCUCUCGACCGUACGUUGGAAUGUGGCGGCGCGCCGACUACCAAGGAAGCGCAAGCCAUAGCCGACGAGCUCUUCGCCUUGUUCGUGUCGGAGGAGGUUGACAAGGUGGAGCUCCUCUACACUAAGUUCGUCUCGCUGGUGCGGAGCGAGGUGGUCAUCCAUACUCUGCUCCCCCUGUCCCCCCAGGGACAAGUGUGCGACGUCGACGGCAAUUGCGUGGACGCGGCGGAGGACGAGUUGUUCCGUCUGACGACCAAGGAGGGAAAGUUUGUGGUGGAGAGAGAGGUGGUGAGAACGAGCACGGAGAGCUUCGAAGGAAUCCUGCAGUUUGAGCAAGAUCCUGUGCAGAUCUUGGAUGCAUUACUGCCGUUGUACAUGAACAGCCAGGUGUUGAGGGCAUUGCAGGAGUCGGUGGCCAGCGAGCUGGCAUCAAGAAUGAACGCCAUGAACAAUGCCAGCGACAACGCGCGGGACUUGAAGAAGAAUCUAUCUAUCUCAUACAACAGGCAGAGGCAGGCGAAGAUCACCGGCGAGAUUAUGGAGAUCAUUGCCGGAGCGAACGCCUAAACCACUCCCGACUGCAUAAGACGAAGAAGGAAGUAGUGGAAGAAGGAGAAGAAGAAGAAGAAGAAGAUGAUGAUGGUGAUGAAGAAGAAGAAGAAAGAAGAGAGAUGGCGGAGAGGGGCAUAAUGGCAAAAGGAAAUCGGAUAGAAGGAACGGAGUGAGUGCAGUUGCCAAGGGAGAGAGUAGUCGCAGCCAUCAGUGAUCAUAACCUCGAGUAGAGAGAGCGUACCGGGACGCUCCCCACUUCAGAAAUGUCGAAGCUCCUUCUUGCUUAUCUUACCAACUAUCUUACUCUACUUACUAGACACUAAUCGGCCACUUCAAAAUCUGCUCUUUGAACGAGAACUAGCGGGGACUCGCUCACGAGAGAGAGCGCGGGCUCUCUCUCUCUCUCUCUCUCUCUCUCUCUCUCUCUCUCUCUCUCUCUCUCUCUCUCUCUCUCUCUCUCUCUCUCUCUCUCUGUGUGUGUGUCACUGUCUCUGUCUCUGUCUCUGUCUCUGUCUCUGUCUCUCUCUCUUCCCGUGUCUCUAUCUUCUCUUUCCACCGGAUACUUCGCCUGCAUGCAUGAAGGAGAUUCCCUCAGGAAAUGCGUGCGCGCUAGGCUAGUGGGACAACUUCUGUAUGUGUAGAGAGACCCCGCCCUAUUGGUAUGUCGUUGAUUAUGGGCCUCGCUGCAGUACUCUCCACAUGCGCAAAAGACAGAAAAGAUGUCAAUGUAUCUUUUUAUGUUCUACCGGAGGAUUCAGUCGCAUAUUGCACAUUUGGAGGGUAGUGCAGCGACGCCCUAUGUCCGCGUGAAUGUGUGUUUGCGCAGUUGUGUACUUCCGCUUCCUGAAUUUCUUUGUUCUACUUCGCGCGCACGGCGCCUCCUGCCUCCUCCCUUAGGCUCGUCGCUUCCUGUUUGUCACUUUACCUUUGGGGGAUUGAUGAAAGGCUCUCGAAGAUUUCCGUCGUUGCUGCCGUGGCCCCGUGCGCGAUGCGCGGAAUGCGCGGAUUUGACGCGCUGAGGAGGCCUUCUUAGCAAUAAGCAUCGCGGGCGCGGCCCAGCGGCGGAAGCGGAAGCGGGAGCGGAAGGGAAGGCAGAUGAUUCGCGCGCGUGUGCGGUGUCACGAGGUCAACGGUUUGCGACGGGUGCGCGCGCGCGCGCGCAUGCAUCCGCUCGUUGGCCUGGUUUCGGACGAGGCUCUCCUCUCACUGCGCGAUCGUGCGGCUCGGCCGGAAUGCCACCUCCGCACCCCCAUUCUCUUUUUUUUCGAAAAAAGCGCCGGUCGACCCCUCAAAUGUUGACACGUGGAGAGUGCGCGCUCAAUCUAUCAAUUCAGCUAAUCAAUCAAUCGCCAAAUGCGUGUGGCAAACUGCGAAGUGCCCGCGCGCGGAGAAGAUUGGAUUGCUUCGCCCACUCUGGCGG